AUGCACCACAAACUCAUUGGUGGUGACUUGGACAGUGGCUACCAGUACAGUCAAAAUGGCCGGAGACGAAGAAUCCAACCAGUUUCUUCCAAUCGAAUGUUGGGUGGAUUUGGGAAUUAUUAUGAAAGUGGUACAGAUGAUGAGGAUGAGAGAAACAUGACCCAUGUGGGAUACGACCACAUACCUCUGACGCCGGGAUUGUCACACGCGGUCCGCUUGGAAUUGGGUACCGAUCCCAUGGUCUUGGGUCCGGAACGCAAAAUAUCGGAUGCGGAUUGUGAUUCGGAGGACGAUGAUUCAGCAUCCAGAUCAUCAUCGUCGGAAUCAUCCGCUCCAUCGACCGGAUUACGCAAUCGGGACGACGACGAUGACGACGACGAUGAUGAACCAAUGGAAAUUAGACCAUUGUACAAAGAAGAGCCAACCACCACUAUCACGGAAGAUCAAGCAACGCCAAAUCUAUUCUUUCAGCAGACGAAGAAAGCUCCAACGAUGUUGUACAAUACGACACGAUCCAAAGACGUUCUGCAACUCAAAUUGGCCAUGCAAAAACAGACAGAAUUUGAUGACCUUUAUCGGGAUAUGGAUCACCGUGAUCACUGUUUUUCCACUCCAGCGAAGGCCUCGAUCCCAACUUUUGAGCCUACUCCUCCUACAACAACUACUAUCCCAACUACUACCAACAGGACUACCAUUCCGAAUCGAAAGCGGAGCCGGAGCAACAGCCGAAGCAAUAGUCCCGUUCCGCAAUUCAUUGCCGUAUCUCCGGAAGUAUUAGGUGCAACAGAACCUGCCCGUAGACUCAAGUCACCACCACCAGGUGCGAGUCCGAGUGUUGCUGGUGGUGGUGGUGGUGGUGUGGCUACUGCUACUGCUGCUGCUGCUGCUUCUGCUACUUCGGCAGCAAACACACCCAAUACCUCCUCCGUUUUACUCAAGUCCACCUAUGUCCGCAGACCUCACAAGAACAAACGCAAGAGCAAGUCUGAGAUGGCAACCACCACCAGUACCGCCAGUGCUGGCAAACUGGAAAAGCAGACGUCUACUAAGAAAAAGGCAUCCCCUCCCAAUAAGAAACCAAGUCCCCCAAAGCAGCAGCAGCCACAGGAGCAGCAGCAGCAGCACCAGCUGGAGGACUCGGAGGAGGACAGUCGAUUCAAGCGUUUCCAGAAUACUCAAUGGAAUAAGAAAUUCCAAGAAUUGCUCAUCUUUCGCAAGGAGAAUGGUCAUUGUCAAGUCCCGCAUACCUGGCCACCCAAUCCUCAAUUGGCUCGAUGGGUCAAGCGACAACGAUAUCAAUUCAAAUUGAGAUGCGAAGGCAAGCUAUCCACCAUGACGGAAGACCGGAUUAGCCUAUUGGACGACGCUGGCUUUGUCUGGGAUUCUCAUGCGGCGGCCUGGCAGGAAAAGUACGAAGAACUCAAGGAUUACGUCAAGAAGAACAAGACCUUCAACAUGGGAAGUUCGUAUUCGACCCAUCCGCAAUUGGCAACUUGGGUCAAGUGCCAACGACGGCAAUAUAAAUUGUUGAUGGCUGGAGAGGAAUCCAACAUGACUCACGAAAGAAAGGACUUGCUGGAAAAAUUGGGAUUCUUGUGGGAUGUCCGAAAAAGUGGACACUCCGGCACUCCAAAGAAUAAAUGA